GUGCCAGGGGACUUUAUGGAUCCCUUUUUCUGUGUGUGGAAAGUUUGUGGCACCUGCCUGAAGGCCCGGGGCGGGAGCAGCCUCCAAGAAAGGGAGAGGCCUGGGAAGGCAGCGAAGAGGGCAAGGGCGCACAGAGGCCUGCUCUGGGGCAGUACGGGUCACGGGGUGUCCCCAGGCGGCCCCGCCGCGCGCACGUUGCGUCCCUCCCGCCGAGAGGGGCGCUGUGGCCGGCGCAGAACCUCGGCGCGGCGGAACUCAGGAGUGGGGGAAUGGGCUUGCAGCCGGCUGCGUUUCCGGGGCGGACGCCGCGGUUACGGCGCAGUAGGACUCCUCCGAGCCGACGCCGUUACCCGCGCGCGGGUCAUGUGGGCCGCCAGGCUGCUCUGCCCAGCGUGGGGCGCAGCGGCCGGCUCCGCGCUCAGCUCACCGCCGUCCCGUGCCCUCCAGUCCUGGGGCAGCCACUGGCAGACCUCGGUGCUGGCGUUCAAGGCGUCCGUCCCCAUGAGAGCAGAACCCCAAAGGAAGAAGAAGAGGGUGGAUCCAAAAAGAGAGCAAAUGGUGAGGGAGCGUUUGAAAAAGAAGAUAAGAAAGUUGGAGAAAGCUCCCCUGCAACUGAUUCCCAUUGAGGACUUCAUAACACCAAGCAAAUAUUUGGAUAGCACCAGGGUCCGAAGUGCCGCCCCUCUGUCGGUUGAGGAGAGCGAGAGACGUGCCCUACUAAUGAAGAAAUGGGCCCUGUACAAGCAAAACCAGCACAAGGCAGACAUGCAAACAGUUACCAUGCUUGUAGCAGCCCAGGAGGAAGCACUAACGGAACUGCGUCUGGAAUCGGAAGAACUUUACCAAGCAGCAAUAAGGAAAGAUGUGGGACUCUUUCCUUUUGAGAAAGAGGGUCCAAGUUAUACACCACCAGCUCCUGGCUAUGAAGCUCCUGAGGGGAAGUACAAUGAUGUCACCAAGGUGUACACAUACUGAGAGGGGGGCAGUUUGCCAUGCGGCUGGCAGCAGACGCUUAGUUUGUUAAAGGACACAAUGGGAUUAAACUAAACUGUUUUGGUAUGUCAAAAAUUAUGAUUAACGUGGUUGUCAGGAAAUCCUCACAGAAAAUGAAAUUCCCACCUUUCCCUGCCCCCUUUCUUUCUUAGAAUUAGCCACCUUGGUAAUAAAAUGUCCAAUAAAAACUAAGUAAACU